AUGUCUCUGAUGAAGCUGUGGACUUACAUCCUCGGAUGCGCGACUGUUAAACUGUUCACUGAGGCUGUGGUUCUCAAGGAGGAGAAAGGUCUGAAUUGGUCCCUGGGUCCUCACAGCGCUCACCGCAAGGCCAACGACCAGCAGAACAGUUCUGUAUAUGAGUAUCCCCCGAACCAGCUAUACGGCCCGGUGAGAAUCUAUUUGAUUACUGAUGAGCAGCUGAAUUUGGUCGUUUGUUGGAUGACUGAUACCCGCUUCCAGGAUCCUCAUUACUCGACAUGCAUGCCGAUUGUCGCCCCACACAGACCCUGCCCGCCUGCUCUAGCUGAAGCCAAGCCUGUGCAUGAUGGAUUUGAUCCACUAUGCUACGUACCGGGCUGGACUGCCAGGAAGGAGCCGCAUGUCGCGCUACCAGCCGAACUAGACUGUGCGGGUUUUAUACCCCAAGUGGAUAAAGAGAAGGCAGGAGAUGAGAAAUGA